AUGUCCCACGUUGCCCUCCAGCUCCGGUGCACGGGGCCAGCAGGAGUGCGGCCGCGUGUUGGUGGACGUACCGCGGCAAGACGGGUAGGUUGUUUUUUAUCGACGCUCCAUGUCGCUUUGUGUGCCGCCGCACGGACACUCAGCAGCAGCAGCAGCAGUAGUACUAGUAGUGGUGGUGGUGGUGGUGAUAGCAGCAGCAGCACUGCUACUCUUUACGCCUCAGAAAACGCGUUGAGAGGGAUGGGCCUACGGCUGACGCCGCUGGAAAUGUUUUUUAGGCUGGUUUCGCCAUCUAUCACCACGGCCCCGUGCGUGACAAAAAUCUCCGCAUUGUACGCUAACCUUCCACCCAAACUGGAUGAGGCGCUGGAUAUCAGCGACACCACCAUACGAGAAAGUAAUUGCAAUACACAUCGUUGGUUACGAACUCGCUUUGGAACACUUGCAAACGGACUGCGGCAACUGCAUGUCACAAACAGGGUGAGUCAUUGGGGCGUAUACGUUUCUGAUGAUGGGGUUUACGUUGUGAAGGCCUGCAGUGCUGAGGAGGCUGAGGAAGCCUUCUCUGCCACGCGUGACGUCAAGCUGUAUUCUAGCGUGUGUGAAUCAGAGUCACUUCUCGAGGUAUUUAAGCCGGUGUUUCCGUCCUUUACGCCGCCCCCACCGCCACCAGAGCCAUGUGGGUUGCUAAGUAAGAAGAAAAGAAAAGGUCAGGUCCCGGGUGGCAUGUUUACCCCGCAGAUGCUCGUGCCGUAUGCGCCAACCUUCUUUAUACCCAUGGAGGAACUACUUGCAGCCCUACCUGAGGGCUACACAGCCGCCCAUAUUGAGCAAAUGUUUGCCGCCACAGGAACGCUGGAGAUUGUGACACUGGAGGGUGAAAAAUUUGUGCGAAUGCAUGGUGGAAAGCGUUUGGUGGAUUUUACACGUGAUGGAGCGGGGGAGGCUGCGCACGAGCGGUGGCGGGACUAUCAGCCCGACCCCUUUCUCUGCAAGCCAUUUUGCCGGCUGUUUCCUGCAUCUUCGCGCUGGGUGUCGCUGCGCCAGCUUAUCAUGGGGGCUCCCACCCCGCUCGUCCGUGCGUUGUUGCCGUGGGAGCGGUACAAGACUCUCCUUUUCUUUGCGCAAAUGCAGCACGUUUUCAGCUUCACGCCGGAAGGCGAGGGUGAGGUGUGCUGGAUUGCUCCUGUGACGUGUUUGUCGUACCAUGACAGCCCCACGCCGGCGGUUGUGUCGGAGUUGGUGGGCGUGCUCAACGAGCAACGCGUGUGCAUCACCGAUCUCUUGGCGCAAUCCUCCCACCGCAUCUCCGACCACGCCAAGGCGCAGAUUAUCAUGUACUACGGAACCCUUUUGAACUUCUUCCGAGCACACGGCGACGUCUUCUGCAUUGUGGACGACACGAUUGUUGGUGUGGUGUCGCCGCGGGGCAAUGCAGAGAAAACACCGCAGACGCUUGAAGACAAGCUGGAGGAUGCACUCGUAAGGCGCAAUCGCCGCACCGCUCAAAAGAUACGCCGUCGCAUGGCAAUUGAGAGGGACCCGGACAGCCCAUACGCUGACCGGGAUGUACUGAUGGAUGCCAUUCUCCGCUACGUGCCACAAACGCGCUCCAUCUCGCUCAGUUUUCUGCUGAAGUCGCUUCCACCGUCCCUGGCGGACUUCCUCCCCAGUAAGCCGAUCUCCAUGUUUCAACAGGCGCCAGAAAAAAUACGCAUAUUUGAGUAUCGCUACCGCCAUCGUCUUCAUCUCAUUCGCCCUGGUGUGCCGCUGCCGCCCGGUGUUCUGCGCCAACACUACACGGAACCGGAGCUUCUCUUUUUGUGUGCGGUGGAACUUCAGCAGCCUCGCACCGUUGUUGACCUCUACGGUCGUCUUCCCUACGGCGCGAAGGAGGUGAUUCGGCUGCAGUACAAAGGCCUCUUGGAACUCCUGCGGCCAUACCCGCAGUUCUUCACAGUCAUCUUCAAGGAUGCCCUGCGCCUCGACACCCGCAACGCGCUGGUCACGCUCAUCCAGAUGCCUCCAACGGUGGAGCUGAGUGAAGAGGACUACGGUGCCGCAGCACCAGAGGGCCCUGUGCAGCGGCAGCGCCUUGAGGAAGAGGACAAGGAGGCGAUGCGGACGCUCCCCGACGAAAUCCAGAAGACGAUGCGAGUGAGUGACACCGAGUAG